AUGUACAGGACCACUUCCAUGAAGCACCAAGGUUUGGUGAGGCUGAAAUGCCAGAUAGUGCAGGUGUCCCCUUCCAGUACUUCAGGGUUCUGCACAACUGGGCUUCCCAGCGAUGUUGUCGUUCAGGUUGGGGAGAUGUCUUUCCACCUCCACAAGUUCCCUCUGCUUUCAAAGAGUGCCAUCUUGGGAAGGUUGAUUGAGGAGAAUUCAGACCAAGACGAAUGUACCAUCAAACUAUCCGACAUCCCUGGAGGUGCAAAAUCAUUCGAGUUAGUGGCAAGGUUCUGUUAUGGUUUGAAGAUAGAGCUCUCUCCAGCAAAUAUUGUCCACCUUCGAUGCGCCGCUGAAUAUCUCGAGAUGACAGAAGAAAUAGCUCAGGAUAACCUCAUCCACCAGGCAGAAAUGUUCUUUAACCAAGUAGUUCUCCGCAGCUGGAAAGAUUCCCUGGAAGCACUCAAGACAUGUGAUGUCCUUCUCCCUCAUGCCGAAGACCUUCACAUUGCGAAGAGGUGCGUCGAAUCGUUGGCCGCCAAGGCUAGCAUAGAUCCAGACCUCUUUGGCUGGCCAGUAUCAGAGCACGGUGCGAUGCAUAGCCCCGGGGGCAGUGUAUUGUGGAAUGGUAUUAGCACGGGCGCAAAGCUCGGGAACUUCAGCUCAGAUUGGUGGUAUGGUGAUGCUUCAUCAUUGAGCUUCCCUACAUACAAGAGGCUUAUCUCCACUAUGGAGUCAAGAGGUGCCAAGGAGGAGAUUGUCGCUGGUUCGCUCACAUACUAUGCCAAGAAGUGUCUCCCAGGACUGAAUAGGCGUCAAAGCAUGGGACCGGUGCCCCUGACUUCUGCUGCUGCUACCCUAUCUGAGGAGGAACAGAGGCAUUUGCUUGAGGACAUUGACAGGAUGCUGCCUCUUCAGAGAGGCCUGAUAUCCACAAAUGUUUUGCUCUGGCUGCUUCGAACUGCCAUGAUUCUGAAAGUCAACCGUGCUUGCAUUUCCAAUUUGGAGAAAAGGGUCGGCAUGCAAUUAGAUGAAGCCACACUGGAGGAUCUACUGCUACCUAACUUCUCGUACACAAUGGACACACUCUACAAUGUCGAAUGUGUGCGCAGGAUCCUUGAUCACUUCUUGGCAAUGGACCAGACCAUGGGUGGUGGCUCCCCGUGCUUGGAUGAUGUGAUGGGUUCUCCUUCACUGGCGCCGAUCACCGCUGUCGCUAAGCUGAUUGAUGGCUACCUUGCAGAGAUUGCACCAGAUAUCAACCUGAAGCCACCGAAAUUUGAAUCUCUUGCAACUGCUUUGCCUGAAUAUGCCCGGCCUCUAGACGAUGGACUUUACCGCGCCAUUGAUGUAUACUUGAAGGCGCAUUCUUGUCUGCCGGAAUCCGAGCGCGAGCAUCUCUGCCGGCUGAUCGACUGCCAGAAGCUGUCCCUGGAGGCAUGCACCCACGCCGCGCAGAACGAGCGCCUGCCGCUGCGUGUGGUGGUGCAGGUCCUCUUCUUCGAGCAGCUCCAGCUGCGGACAUCCAUCGCCGGGUGCCUGAUGGUCUCCGACAACCUGGAAGGAUCCUCACGCCCCCUCCACGGCAGUGGCACCAUCGCGACGUCCGGCGAAGCCGGUGCCCGCUGGGUCACGUCGGCGGCGGUGAGGGAGAACCAGGCGCUCAGGGCCGGCAUGGACAGCAUGCGGCUGCGGCUGGCGGAGCUGGAGAGGGAGUGCUCCGGCAUGCGGCAGGACAUCCGGAAGUUCGGUGGCGCCCCGGGGAAGGACGGCUGGGCGGCGCGGGUCCAGCGGAUGUUCAGCCUGAAGAUGAAGCUGCAGAUGUGCAGCACCGAGGAGGGGAAGAUGAGCGACCGGCACAGGACUGCCAGCGCCAAGCUGGAGAAGCUGCAGGCCAAGGUGUCCAGUCACAAGAAGCACCUCACCAUUGAUGCAUGA